AUGAAAAAGACCUCAUUUCAAGCAGAGAUUAGUAAAAGACAAACAAGAUGCAAAGUAUGCAAGAAAACUAUAGAUAUAGGGAUUAUAAGAAUUAAAAUCCACUCAUAUGAUCAUUUUGAUUAUUACCACUUCGAAUGUUAUACCCCAAAGAUCAAACAGUACAUUUCUAAAAGUGAUUUAGGGAUUAGAUUAGACCAAGAAAAUGCUAAAAUUCUAGAUGCAUGGCUUGAAAACUGGAAUAAAGAUUAUGUACCUCUAGAUAAAGCUUUCCAUGAGACUCCAACUUUUUCUAAACUUGUAGAAACAGCUCCUUCUAAAUACAGAAGAGCAUGGCUAGAAAUAUUUAAAUUCUUGAUGCAGUAUGAGAAAUAAAAUCGCUAUAGAAGACAAAUCCGAGUCGCUUAUUUUGUAGUAGGUAGGACCUAUCGCAAGGUUCUGAAUUCAAAUGCCUGUGUUGAAUUUUAGUAGUCCUUUAGGGCUUGUUCCUCCCUUAAGGUUUUCCUGUUCCUGCUUAGGCUUGACAGGUUUUGCUUGCCACAAAGUCUUUCCUUAUUAGGACAUACAGUGCGCUUUUCAGAGGGCGACUCUCUCAGGGAGUUGUAUUUAGUAGGUUGUUCAGAUCGGAAAUUUAAAAUAGGAGCCUUUCAUUUUUCCAUUUGUAAUCUAGGCGGCAAUGCAGACUAUCUUUGUGUAGCCAAAUCAAGGCGAAGACUAGUGGUUCAGCCGCUUAUGACCGGACACUUAAUAAUAUUAAUCUUGAUGCAGUAGAAUUGUUUAAGAUUUAUUCUCAUGUGAAUAAAGAAUUUUACCACAUUUCAUGGGACGAAGAAUUAUGGCAUUUUUACUGUGUAAGAGAUUAUACAAAUGCUGCACUGGAUGAUCAGAAAAAGAAUUAUAGAACUCAAUACAUAAUUCUUAGAAUGGAGUCAUGCUUUUGGUGCCAUGCACAUCAAUCUCAAGAAAGAUUCAAUAGGUGCCCAUUGAUAGGAAAGCCAAUAUGCGAAAAGUGCAAAAAACUUAAAAGAUUUGAGCAGCUGCAUGGUUGCAGGUCACAGUUUUCAUAGUGCAUUUCAUCGAAAAAAUAGGUCGAAAAUUGUUAAAUAGUGAACUUUUAGCUGAAAUUCCACGGUUUUUUAGGUAAAAUGUCUUACUAUUAAAAAUGCUUCGAACAAAUUUUCCCUUAGGAAGUGUCGCACUAUUAAAAAUACACGGUCAUUUGGCAUGAGUCCAGGUGCAUAAGUCACAAAUCGAAUCACGGUAUGGGAUAAAUCCGAAUCUUCUGCAGCUGAAAUUUGGUUUAGGCUAUUGAAAUAAAAAAGUUGUAUACAGGUAUAUGGUAGAAGAAGCUCUUGAAACUUUCAGAAACAGAAAUAAAGAAUUUCUGCUUGAAGAAAUGAAGAAAAUUAAUUUAGACCCUACUUUGGUUGAUUUUGUUGAAAAUAUCGAUAUAAAGACUGUUGAUAAGCCUUGAUCAGAGAUAUUACAAAGCUCAGGAAAUCUGUAUCUUCUGCCAAUUCAUGAGAUAAUUUAUAAUUAUAUACGAGACAGAAAAGCAGAAAAAAAACUCAUAAAUAAACUUAAAUCUACAUAA